AUGGUUGAAAAUGUUGAAGCUGGUUUAGUGCCAAAAAUACAGAUUAAUUGGGUCAAAGAACGCUUGGAAUUGAAAGUUUGUGCUAAUAUGAAAGACAAGGAGGAUGAGAGAGAUGAGAAAGACAAGAAAGACGAGAAAGACGAGAAAGAUGAGAAAUACGAGAAAGACGAGAAAGACGAGAAAGAUGAGAAAGAUGGGAAAGAUGAGAAAUAUUAUGAGAAAUAUGAGAAAGACAAGAAACACGAGAAACAUGAGAAACACAAGAAACACAAGAAACAGGAGAAAGACGAGAAAGAUGAGAAAGACAAGAAACACGAGAAACAUGAGAAACACAAGAAACACGAGAAAGAUGAGAAAGACAAGACACACGAGAAAGAUGAGAAACACGAGAAAGGCGAGUAAGAUGAGAAAGAUGAGAAAGACAAGAAAGACGAGAAGGAUGAAAAAGAUGAGAAGGAUGAAAAAGACCAGAAAGACAAGAAAGAUGAGAAGGACACGAGAAAGAUGGGAAAGAUGAGAAAGAUGAGAAAGAUGAGAAAUAUUAUGAGAAAUAUGAGAAAGACAACAUACACAAGAAACAUGAGAAACAUGAGAAACACAAGAAACACGAGAAACACAAGAAACAGGAGAAAGACGAGAAAGAUGAGAAAGACAAGAAACACGAGAAAGAUGAGAAACACGAGAAAGGCGAGUAAGAUGAGAAAGACGAGAAAGACAAGAAAGACUAGAAGGAUGAAAAAGAUGAGAAGGAUGAAAAAGACCAGAAAGACAAGAAAGAUGAGAAGGACAAAAAGACCAAAAGACUGAAAAGACUGAAAAUAAGUCAAAAAGAUUUUGUGUCCAUAUGGGUAGAAAAGUUGUGACAGUUUUUGCACCAGGAACACAUUCUGAACAGAAAUUGGAACCUGGAUUAUGAAAUGAUGAUCAAAUUUGAGCAUUCAAGUUGAGAAAUGAGUGAAAAAGUUGACUCGGGUUCAGCGCCAGGAGCACCAUUUUCGGAGUAAAUUCGAAUGGGUUGAAAAAGUUGUGGCGGGUUUUGCGCCAGGAGCA